GAAGAAUAGUAUGCCCACGCCGUGCGAUCAGUGCCUCGGCACCAACACGAUGCAGCUCUUGCAGCGUGAGCUUAUCGUCUGCGGCGACUGCGAGCACGUGGCGAGCAGCAAUAACCCGACGUCCCAGCCCACGCUGGCCAUCUAUGAGCGCCCCAAGCUCCACAUCUUUCUCUCUUAUGGACACGAUCGCUACCAGCAGCUCGCGAUGCGUCUCAAAGAUCAGUUGCAAUCCCGCGGCCACUUGGUGUGGGUCGACGUCGAGAAGCUCACCCCAGGAUGCGACUGGGAAGAAGGCAUUGCGAAUGGCUUGACGUGGGCCAAAGAGGCGCAGGAGAACGGACGGGUCUUGCUGCUCAUGACGCCGCAUGCGCUGCGCCGUCCCGACGGCUAUUGCCUCAACGAGAUCGCCCGAGCGACCCAACUCAAGCUCCAUAUCUUCCCGACGCUGGUGUGCGAGAGCGAGCCGCCGCCGGCCAUCAGCAUGCUGCCGUACUUUGACAUGCAAGACUGCAUGCCAUCGCUCGAGAUUGCGCAGACGCUCGAUAGCAAGAGCCCCGAAUGGCUUGCAGCCGUCAACUCGCGCCUGAACUCGCCGCAGUUCCGCGCCAAGUCGCUUCAACUCUUCACGCUGCUCGAAAUGUGUGACAGCAUGACCAACAACAUGGUCACGGUCGUCGCCGGGGUCGAGAACCUCGGGCUCUUUGAAGCGCACGCCAGUAGCACCAAGAUCGGGCACGUUCCGACGUACCGCAAGAUCUUGUCGCCCAAGCACACGAGUGCGUCGGAGCAGUCGUUCCAGGAAACACCCAAGCACCGCGGGUCCGGGUUUGGCACACCGCUCGUGCCCGCCGACGAGCCGCGGGGCGCAUCGCCAGCCGAGUCGACCAAGUAUGUGUUUGUGUUUGACGCCACGAGCGCGCCCUUGGCAAUGAAGCUCCACGCCGACUUGACCGCCGACGGGUUUCUCAUUCACGCGCACUGUGCACCGUCGCCGCUGCUACCCCACGCACGCCGCGACGCCAUCACGUGGGCGGAGACAGGCAAGAUGCUAUUGUUCCUCACGCCGCAAAGUGUCGGUCGUCCUCAUGGCGUGUGCUUGAACGAUAUUUCGGCGGCCAUGUCGUCCAACGUUGGCUUUGUCCCGCUCAUGGUUCGGCAGUGCGAGAUCCCUUUGAGCAUUUGCCGUAUCCAAUGGCUCGAUCUCUCCGACUGCCUCAUUGACGUCGACGGUGUGGGCAGUGUGAACGACGCCAAGUACCCGCAACGGCUCGCGCAGAUCGCGACUGCUCUGCGUGGCAAGCUCGACCACGACGGCCUCCAAGCGCGCCUCUUUAGCAUCUUCUCGCCGUUUUCGUUUCAAACCAACAAGUACACGCAAGGCUUUGCCGGCCGCGAAUGGGUCCUGGACCAGCUGGACCAAUGGAAGCAAACGCACGACCAAGUGUUUUGGGUCACCGGUCAAAUUGGCACGGGCAAGAGUGCGCUGGCGGCGUACAUCAUCCAGAGCCGUCCCGAAGUCCGUGCAUUCCACCUGGUCUGCAAGGAAGACGAGCAGACGCAGAGCCACCGCCGGUGCGUCCUGAGCUUGGCGUACCAGCUCACGACGCAGCUGCCAGAAUACGCAUCGUUCCUUCAGCAGGGAAGUCCACUGGAAGAAGUCGUACCGGUCUCGACCGUCGUCGAGCUCCUCGAUAUUUUGCUCGUCGCGCCGCUGCGUGCGAUUGCCGAGCCAGCAACGACACCCUUGGUCAUCCUUCUCGAUGGCCUCGACUCGCUUGAAGACACGCAAGAGACGGACAACUGCCUCGUCUCGGCGCUGCCGGCACUCUUGCAGAAGCUGCCGUCGUGGGUGCGCGUCAUCUUGACGAGCCGCGAAGACCCCGUCGUCAUGCGCAAGCUGCAAGGGUUUGCGCCUCAAAUCGCUCUCGACAAGUGUGCCGACCACUCUCGCCAAGACAUUAUGAGUUACCUUCAAAAGGCGCUGUUGCCAUAUCUUCCCAGCACCACGGCGGGCGUCGUGCCGGAGGCUACGCUGCAGUUCAUUGCCGGGCGCGCCGAAGGGCUUUUUCUGUACGCAAGCCACAUUGUGCAUGCGCUUUCGCAGCACCGGUUGACGCUCGAUAACUUGGAGGGUUUCCCGACAGGCAUGGGCGGCUACUUGCGCCAGUUUUUCGAGAGCCAGUUUACGCCCGAGCACUACAAGGAACACAUUCGACCGCUCCUCGAAGUACUCUGCGCUGCGUACGAGCCGUUGACGCUGGACAUGCUUCGCGCCAUCAUGCAGUGGGAUUCGUACGUCCAGCAUGAAAUGCUCGCGAGCUUCAAGUCGCUGCUCUACGUCACCGACUCGAACGUUCUCAAGCCCUUCCACACGUCCGUGCUCGAGUGGCUUCAGGACAGCAACGCGGCCGGACCUUUUUUGCCCGAGCACGGCCACGAGCGCAUUGGUCUCUGGGCGUGGAAGGAGUACAGUACGGUGCUCAAGGCCACAACGGACGUCUCCAGCAUCAACUUUGAGCUCGAGCCGAGCAGCGAACCCGAUCUCGUCGACCAAGACCGCGGUCCGAUCUACAUCAUCCGCCACGCGCUCAACCACCUCCGGGAAGCCAACACGGAAGACAGUAUUCGCUGCAUGCAGAAUUUCUCCACCGAUGAAAAGUUUCAGCUCGCGCGCCGCCUCAUUACGUUGCGGCAGUCGGGGCUCGAGAGCUUUUUCCACGGCGAUAUUGACCGCGUGGCGGCGCAAGCCGUGCUUUUGCCGGUGGGGACCCCGGGUGCAUUCUUGAUCCGGUACAGUGCCAACCAAAAGAGCUAUUGCGCGUCCUUUAUCGACAAGAUCGUCGAUGGCCAGCCGCAAAUCAAGCACAACGUCAUCUACCACCUGGAAUCGGGGGCGUACUCGGCUGUGCAACCUAAGGACGUGCAGCCAACGACGCCCAUUUUCUCGGAUCUGCUCAGCUUUGUCGAAGCAUACCAGCGCAAAGGCGUGUUACGCACGGCCAUUCCCAAGGGGUCGGCGUGA